AUGGCUGUUGGUAUGACACUUAAUCAAUUGUAUGCACCACCAUCCGCAACAUCUGGCUCUGUGCCCUCGCCUAGUACUGCAUUGACACCACCACAAGGUCGGAGUCCUACGAGCAUAGAGGACGCUAAACCCACUGCUGUCAUGCAGCAAAUGGACCGCAUUUAUCAAAUGCCGUACUCUACGCAGCAGCAACAACAGUACUUGCCACAGAAUCCCCAGUCUACCACAUCCUAUGGGAUGCAGUAUCAACCUUUGACCAAGCCGGGCUCCUUCACUUCUGAAGAUUAUGCGGCCGACCCAUUGCCUUUUGAAUACAGUCGCAAGUAUUUACCUCCUCACCGAGAAGACGUGACGACGGGACUACGAGGUUCGUCACCUAAUAUUGUCGUAUCGAGCUACAAUGACACUUACGGGUCUCAACCAAUUUACACCCCAAUUUCUUCGUUUGGUCAACGCUUGAAUACUUAUGGCCAGUAUGUGGAGCCCAGAGGUUAUCCCCAGCAGCCUGAAUUGGCUACUCAAGUCCCCCAGCCUCAUUUUCCCCGAUCAAUGGAGACUCCAAUGUACAAUUCUAUGUCUAGUUCUAUGUUGCCCCACAACUCGUUCCCUACGUUGCUCGAUGCUCACGCCAUGGUAACAAAAAAGGAAGUGGAUACUGACCAGCAGCAACCCCAGACGUUAAUGCAUGGAGAUGUACGUGCUAUUCCUAGCACUGGCACAGCUCAGGAAGCCAUGAUCAAGGUCAAGACACCACUAAAACUCAAGUACUGGAGAAAUGGACGACGCAACUUGCAAUGUUUUCCCAGUUGCAAAGUGUUUGGAGAUUACUCUGCAAUCAAGAUUGAAGAUCUCAAGCAACAUGAUUUCAUGUGGGGGAAAUGCCGCGGCAGUUUGGUUACUGAAGUCACACUCAAUAGCAACAUGUCGUUUGAUGACCUCGUGCUGCUUGGACGUGUCCACUCACUAGAGAACAUCCCAGUGGCUUUCGAAGAAGCUGUGAUCAGGGAAUGCAUGCUGGGUCGCACCAUUGAGAUGAACAAAAUGGACUCGAUGAAGGACCAGUGGAUCACGGGAGAACGACUUCCGGACUUUGUGCAGCAAGAUGGCAACGUCGCCUGCUUUGAGUUCAAGCCCAAAGUCUGGAAGUAUAAUGAGGAUAUGACGCAGGGCAAGUGCAAACGUCGCAAUGUCAAGUACUAUGUGCAAUUUGAGGCUUUCGUGCAGAUAGUGGCUGGCGACCGUCGCUACUACGCGUGCAUCGGUUCGGGCAUGUCGACAUCUUUUGAAGUUGGAUCGAGCCGUGUGCUUGCCCGCCAGAAACGUAAAGCUGCAACAAGUGCUGUGGAAGCGGUUAACACGAGCUCGCAGUCUGGCAUGACAUCUAUGCAGUCGCAGCAGCUCAUGACGCACAAUGGGAACCCGCUCAUGCACAACGUGAUGACAACCCACCCAUUGUAUGCGCCCACGCCGGUAUAUCACAACGAUGGCCAAUCUCGUGGUUUGCCAUCGGCUUUCCCGCAAGUGAUGAUGCUUUCGCAGCCGGAAAUGCACUAUCCGAUGCAGCAGCAGCAGAAUUCUUCAUCGCAACAGCAGCAGCUUCCGUCAUCGCAACAGCAGCAGCUUCCGUCAUCGCAACAGCAGCAACUGACUCAGUCGUCUUCAUCACAGCCUCUAUUGGGAGAGAAGCGCAAGAUGAGCAGCGAGCGCCCUGCGUUUCCAACUGACCGCUCGGCCAAGAUGCUUAAGGCAAUGAGCGGUGUUCCGCAGCCAAUCUAA